AUGGCGACUGAAGCAAAAGUGUCAGAAGAUCUCCAACCUGUGAAGAGGAGCAGCAGCAAUGAAUGGAUGCCACCUAACAUGUCUGAGCUGAAGGUUGUUCUGCUGGGGAACAGCUGGUCUGAGAGGAGUUCAGUGGGGAACUUCAUACUGAAAGUGACUGCAUUCAACACUGAGGAAGAACCAGAUCACUGUCUGAGAGUCAGUGGACGGAUGAAAGAGAAAGAAAUAGUUCUGAUCAACACUCCAGAUCUGCUGCUCCCCAACAUCUCUGAAGACAAACUAAGAGAACAUGUAGAAAACUGUGAGAGACUCUCUGAUCCUGGACCUCAUGUGUUCCUGCUGGUUCUACAGCCUGAAGACUUCACUGAGGAACUCAAAGAGAAGCUCUGCAGAGUCCUGAAACUCUUCAGUGAUCAAUCAUUUGAUCAUUCAUUGAUACUGAUAUCAACACCCAGAGAGGAGAGUUCAGCUUUCAUGGAGAAAGACCAGCCCUUAAAAGACAUGAUCAGAAUGAGUAGAUACAGAUAUCUGAAGCAGAAGAACCUUGAACAUCCAGAACUUUUAACACGUUUGUGUCAAACUGUAAAAGAGAACAAUGAACAUCUGAGGUGUGAUGUAUUUGAGGAUGAGGGUUUGAUCAUGACACCAAAGUCUGACCAAAUGAAACCAUCUUUAAACCUGGUUCUGUGUGGGAGGACAGGAUCAGGGAAGACCUCAGCAGCCAAGGCCAUUUUAGGUCAGACAGAGCUUCAUUCAGUCUCCAACUCAUCAGAGUGUGUUAAACAUCAGGGAGAGGUGUGUGGACGUUGGGUUUCUCUGGUGGAGCUGCCUGCCUUGUGUGGAAAACCUCAGGAGGCAGUGAUGGAGGAAUCUCUCAGGUGUAUCUCCCUCUGUGAUCCUGAGGGCGUCCAUGUCUUCAUCCUGGUCCUACCUGUGGGUCCCCUCACUGAUGAAGACAAGAAAGAGUUACAGACCAUCCAGAACACAUUCAGCUCUGCAGUCAAUGACUUCACCUUCAUUCUGUUCACUGUGGAGUCAGAUCCUAAAGCUCCAGCUGUUGUUAAGUAUCUUAAAAAAGAUAACGGCAUCCAGGAGCUCUGUCAGAGCUGUGGAGGAAGAUAUGUUGUUCUCAACAUCAAGGACCAGCAGCAGAUCCCAGAGCUGUUGGAUUCUGUGGAUAAGGUGAUGGUUGAAGGAUCCAGAUGCUUCACAAUGAAGAUGUUCAUCAAGGCUCAGAUGGAGAAAGUUUCAAGACUUGAAGCUGAACUGCAGGAUGUGAAACAGAAGACAGAGGUGGGAGAUGAGCUUAGGAUUGUCUUGAUUGGGAAGGCUGGCAGCGGGAAGAGUUCAACAGCAAACAUCAUUUUGGGCAAAAAGCUUUUCAAACCCCGAAUCCUCCCGAAGCCACCGAUGAAGUCUUGUCAGAAAGCAACAGGAGACAUUGAUGGACGACCUGUCGUUGUGGUCAACACGCCCGGCUUGUUUGACUCGAAUCUGUCUGAUGAAGAAACUCAACAAGAGUUUAAAAAAAGCAUCAGCAUGUUGUCUCCUGGACCUCAUGUGAUCUUACUGGUGCUGCAGAUCGGCCACUUUUCACAAGAGGAAAAAGACUCUGUGGAGCUGAUCAAGAGAUAUUUUGGUAAGAAGUCUGAAGGAUUCAUCAUCAUUAUAUUCACCAGCGGAGAUGCACUGGAAGACCAGUCAUUUGAGAGUUAUAUCAAAGACUGUGAUGACUUUGUCAAAGAACUCAUGAAGGACUGUGGAGGGAGAUACCAGGUCUUCAAUAACAAAGAUGACACAAACCGCACACAAGUCAGAGAGCUGAUGAACAACAUCGAUACCAUGGUGAAGGAAAAUGGCGGCUGCUACAACACUGAGAUGUUAGACAACACAGAGGGAUACACACAAAUACAAGUGGAGAGGAUUUUGAAAGAGAAGGAUGACGAGAUGAAGAGAAGAGAUGAGGACCUCCGGAGAAAACAUGAGGAAGAUUUAAAAUCACUGAAAAGCAAAUUCAAAGAAGAAGAGAGAAAGCUGAAGGCAAAACAUCUAGAGGACGUCAACAAGGAGCGUGAGGUGAGGAAGAAAGAACGGGAGGAAGAGGAGAGGAAACGGAAAAAACAAGAGGAAACCCAGCGACAGGAAGGGAAAAGAAAACUGGAAGCUACUGUGAAAAUAGUUCAGUCAGAAAGAGAGCAAAAGGAAAAUGCUGUAGAUAAACUGGAGCAGCUCAGAAAAGAGAUGAAGAGAGAACGAGAGGCCUGGGAUAAAGAAAGAAAGGACACCUGGGAACGAAUACGUCAGGAGGACAAACGGAGCCUGGAGGAGGAGAAAAAGAGCUUCAUGAAGCUCCAAGAAGAGUUCCAUCAAAAGACAAAAUUGACUUAUGGUUUAGGUGUGCUGCUGUUGGUUCUAUUGUUUCUGUUAUGUUUGAUCUUUCUGAGGUAG